UUGACAGAAGCAAAAUUGAUAAUCAGUUGCUGCAGAAAUGAAAGGAUAUUAAAAGGAGGAGAAAGAUGCCAUCUGGCAUUUUAAAAAAAUGUUCACCGAAAGAUGCUCAUUAGAACAACAAAUAGUUGUACAAUAGAAUGGGUCAAGUAGAGAAACACUUGUGUGAACCAUGGAAGCAAAAUGCAGUGAUUUUAUUAUGAAGAUUUGGGGUGCUGGGACCCUUCUCACUAUUAUGAUGGCCAUGGCAGUAUCUGAUAAAUCCAGUAGAUAUGCAAAGCUUGGAACAACCAUUGUACUGCAGUGUCCUCCAGAAAGAUAUAAUCUGACAGUAUGGAAGGUGAACUUUAACAAUGGAAUGCAUUGCCAUUUAUCAUUUAAGAGAGAGAACAAUACCAUAGCCAGAAACUGCAGUAUGGACAUGGAUUGGGUAUCUAGACCGGAAGAAGAUUCUGCUGUUAGGAUAAAAUCAUUUCAAAUGUCCAGAGAAGGAAUAUAUAGGUGUUUCAUUGCUACUGCUAAAGGAAUGUUAAACCAUGAAUAUAAAGUAUCUUUAUCAGUGUCUCCACAAGUGUCCUUGACUCAUGCCAAUGGCACUGCCGUGUGCAAGGCGGCUGCAGGAAAACCAGCUGCAGGGAUAUCCUGGAAUCCACCAGGAGACUCUCAAAAUGUGACUGAAAUAUUGCCAAAUGGCACAAAGACCAUUACCAGUACAUAUAAUGUGCAAAAUGUUAAUGAGGAUAAGCUUACAUGCGUCAUCUCCCAUCCUACUGGGGGAAUGUCACUUAUCUUAACUCUACCAGGUAGAAAUGAAAAAAAGGAAAGUUCUACCAUGAUAAUUCUCUAUAGCUGUCUUACUGGUCUUUUGGGAAUAUUUGGAUUUUCACUUUCCAUCUAUCUCUGGAGGUUCUGUAGAAGCAAAAGAAAAAUCAGUGCAACUACAAAUAUAGAAACAGUUUCAGGACAAAACGUCCAGGAAAAUGAUGUGGAACCAUAUGCUACCUUUGUGCAAGUGGAAAAUGUAAUAUAUGAUAAAGCAUGUAAUUUCUCGUCAGGCUAAUACCUAUGAUCUUUCACUUUCAACAUAAGACAGCAUCAGAUCUGAACUGAGAGGAGAAGUAUGUAAGGGCAAAAUGCGUUAAUUACAGUGAAUGGCAACUUAUUUUUUUCUCCAAUUCUUGGAGACUGCCUGGACAAGUCCCUGCAGUUUUCCUGGCAAAUUUUUCAGAAGUGGUUUGCUGUUUUCAUGUUCUCAAGAUCACCAAGCUGGCUAAUUUAUGCUGAAGGCAGGACUAGAACUCGGUUUCUUGGUUUCUAGCAUCAUGCCUUAACCACUACAUCAGACCAGCUCAAAGUGAAUGGCAAUGGCAGUAACUUUAAACCAAUCUUUCCACUGAACAUGUUGACAUUUGCCUAAAUAAAUAUCUAUUUCUCUUUAAGCACCACAGAUUCUUCUAAGAUCUCUACUGGCUUCUUCUGUACUGGGCACUUACUUUCUCUCACAAAGACUAAAAUAUCAGUUUAGAAAGCUGAUAUGAAAGUCAUAAAAAAGUGGAUAUUCUUCUACCAUCAUUCUGCUGAAUGAUGAGUGAGCUGAAUCUGAAGAGCUCUGGGACUCAAGUAACUACAAGACGAUUAUUCAGGAAGUAUUUAUAUUGAAACCUGGUUUACUUCCUCUCUAUGGAUAUGUCUAGCUUUCUAUACUCCCGCACUGCAAUCAAACAUCUGCAAUUUCUAAGCAUUAAAUUUAGUUUGCUGUCUUUGAAAAGGCAUGAAAAAAAAGCCUUACCGAGAUUUUGUAGACUUUUUGACAGACUGCCUGUUGUUGUUUUUACAGUGGGUGAGAUUGCUAUUAUUUUAAGUGAUUCAAGAAGCACACAGUAUACUCCUCUAAAUGACUUGACAUUUACAGUCAGAAUAAGUGAAGAUAGUGGAAAGAAAGCAGAAUUUGGUCAAAAUAUUUUCCUUGAUGUUUGGUCUUCUUCUGGCAUUUUUGAAGUGUACAUAAUUACACAAAACUAAAUUAGGUUAACAGGAAGGCUUGGGCCAAUUACUCAUUAUAUGCAAACACAUAUAAAUAAACCUUAAUUGCCACCUUU